AUGGAAAUGACCACUACCCCUUUCUAUCACAACGAUACAAGAAAUGUAUCAGGAAUAAAUGACUGUGACGCAUAUGCUGAGCUGAGACAGUCUCUCCACAUCAUGUCUCUCAUUGUUUACUGCCUGGCCUUCGUUCUCGGUGUGUUCGGCAAUGGAGUGGUUAUCUGGGUGACCGGGUUCAAGAUGAAGAAAACAGUUAACACAGUUUGGUUCCUCAACCUUGCUGUGGCCGACUUCCUCUUCACAGCAUUCCUGCCCCUGGGUGUGACCUACCUGGCUUUGGAUUUCCACUGGCCUUUCGGCAACUUCAUGUGCAAACUGUAUGGCACCGUAAUCUCCCUGAACAUGUUUGCCAGUGUCUACAUCCUGGUGGUGAUCAGUGUGGACAGAUGUGUGUCUGUGGUGUGGCCCGUCUGGGCCCGGAACCACCGAAGUGUACGCAAGGCAUCCUGUGUGAGUCUGGGUGUUUGGGUACUGGCUCUGAUUCUCAGCGAUAUAAACUACGUCUUCAGGGACACUACACCAUCACAUAAAGACCACAUCUUCUGCUUCACCAACUAUGGACUUUCAGAUGAUUUUGUAACACCUUCUGUGAAUCAGCUCCGACAGUUUCGUCAACAGGUCAUGACCAUCACCAGCUUCUUCCUGGCAUUUGUUAUCCCCUUCACUGUCAUUGUGUCCUCUUAUGCUUCGAUAAUCCAUCGUCUCAGAAGGAACCGCACCCUGGCCAGCCAGUCAAGUCGCCCCUUUAAGAUCAUUGCUGCCGUUAUCACCACAUUUUUCCUGUGCUGGGCUCCCUUUCACAUCAUGGCUCUAAUUGAGUUUGUUCAUUUCACUGGUCUUAAUCAAAGUGGAACAUUGUGCCAUGUCAUUGUUAUCGGUGUCACUAUUACCUCCAGCCUGGCCUUUCUCAACAGUUGCCUGAACCCGCUGCUGUAUGUGUUCAUGGGCCAAGAUUUCAAGGAUAAAGUCCGCAAAUCCAUCCUGAAUGUAUUGGAGACAGCCUUCCAGGAAGAGGAGACACGCUCUCACACUGUCACAAACUCAGUGGACACCAGUCAGAUCAAUGACAAAUCAACUCUUAAUACUGAAGUAUAGACUGUCCAUGACAUGAAGAACCAAAAACUGGGACUGUACACAGAAAGUCAUUUUGAGUUUAUUAUUAGAUUAUAUUAUAGCUCUGUCGUCGCCAUAACAGAGCUCAAAGGGUCAAUGCCAUCUCCUAGGAAAAAUAAUCCAGCGGUAAUUUCAAAAUACGUAUUACAUAAUUUAUGGUUGAAUUU